AUGGAUGUCGAGGAUACACAAACCAUGAAUGUUUUCCCAGUCCACUCGUCCGAGCUCUAUCGAUGUCCGUCUGGUUUGUCUGGUACCAUGUACACAUAUAAUGGUCAGUGUUACCGGUAUGUGGAUUCGGCAGUCACGUGGGAUACAGCUAAUGCAGUUUGUUCCUCCAGCAAUGGCGGCCAUCUUGUUGUAAUUUUGGAUCAGGCUACAAAUGAUUUCAUCAUGUCAACUGUUGCCUUUUCUAGUACCACUUAUCAGGUGUGGAUAGGUUUCACUGACAGGGACGCUGAGCAAGUUUGGAAAUGGGUGACAGGUGAAGGUUGGAAUUACGACAACUGGGACAUUGGUUAUCCAGUAUAUUGUUUUGGCACUAACGAAUUAUGUCCAGAGGACUGUGCUUAUGUUCGGACUUCUGAUGGGGAAUGGCGGGAAGACCAUUGCAAUAGUGCUCAAGUGAAAUAUCAGUACAUCUGCCACUAUGGGAUCAACAACGACAUCAACAACGACUUAUCUACCACCAACAACGACAACGACAACACCAACCACCACUACAACAACACCAACGACCACUACUACAACUCCGACAACGACGACAACACCAACCACCACUACAACAACACCAACUACUACUACAACGACAACACCAACGACGACCACGACAACACCAACGACGACCACGACAACACCAACGACGACAACAACAACACCAACUACAACGACGACAACGACAACAACAACACCAACUACGACUACAACGACAACACCAACGACGACAACGACGACAACACCAACUACUACUACAACGACGACAACACCAACGACUACAACAACACCGCCUACCACAACAACAACAACAAGAACGACAACGACGCCAACUACUUCUACAACGACGACAACACCGAGUACAACAACACCAACGACAACAACAACGUCGACGAUGACAACAACAGGUGA